AUGAGGCAGAAGGAGAAGGACCUGGUGCUGGCCGCCCGGCUGGGCAAAGCCUUGCUGGAGCGCAACCAGGACCUGAGCCGCCAGUACGAGCGCAUGUACAAGGAGCUGACCGAGAAGCUGGAGCACCUGGAGCAAGAGAAACAUGAGCUGCGACGACGCUUUGAGAACAAGGAAGGCGAGUGGGAAGGCCGCGUCUCGGAGCUGGAGAGCGACGUCAAGCAGUUGCAGGACGAGCUGGAGAAGCAGCAGGUCCACCUCCGGGAAGCUGACCGGGAGAAGACGCGGGCGGUCCAGGAACUAUCGGAACAGAACCAAAGACUCUUGGAUCAGCUCAGCAAGGCAUCAGAAGCAGAGCGAAAGCUCUCCACACAAGUUCAUGUCCUCCAAGAGGACUUCAGGGAGAAGAGGUCAUCCACCAACCAGCACAUAGUACGGCUUGAGAGCCUUCAAGCAGAGCAAAUCUUGGAAAUUAAGAUGCUGAGGGAUCGGAAGCAGGACCUGGAGCGCCGUCUCAGCGCCAUGGUGGAGGAGAACAACUUGCUCCAGGGGACGGUGGAGGAACUUCAAGAUCGUGUCUUAAUUUUGGAACGGCAAAGCCAUGAAAAAGACACACAGUUGCACCAGAGCCAAAUGGAGCUUCAAGAGGUGAGACUAUCGUAUCGGCAGCUGCAGGUCAAGAUGGAGGAGCUGAACGAGGAACGAAGCCUCCAAGAUUUCAACUCCACCAGGAUGUCUUUGCUGUCAGAGAUUGAACAGAGCAUGGAAGCAGAGGAGCUGGAACAAGAGCGAGAACAGUUGAGGCUGCAGCUUUGGGAGGCCUAUUGCCAAGUCCGCUACUUGUGCACCCACCUCCGAGGGAACGACAGUGCGGAUUCUGCCGUCUCCACCGACUCUUCCAUGGACGAGUCUUCCGAAACCUCGUCAGCCAAAGACGUGCCGGCCGGCAGCCUGCGGGCUGCACUCAGCGAACUGAAGAGGCUGAUCCAAAGCGUGAUUGACGGCACGGAUUGCCCGGGGUCUCGGCGAAGUGACGACGAUGCUCUGGAAGAACAGAUCAAGCAAACGAGUGAAGAUUCGAGAGCCCUGAGGGAGUUAAUGGAAGGCGAGCGGGGGAAACUGAGGCAGAGUCUGGAAGAGCUACAGCAGCUUCACAGCCAGGUGACUCUGUUGAGCGUAGAAAUGACGUCGCUGAAAGAGGAAAGAGACCGACUCCGGGGAUCGGUAGAAGAUAAGGAGAUGAGUGAGCAGCUCCUGAAGGCUAUCAGAGACCGAGAUGAAGCAAUCUCUAAGAAGAACGCUGUCGAGAUGGAGCUGGCCAAAUGCAGAAUGGAUAUGAUGUCCUUGAACAGCCAGCUGUUGGAUGCCAUUCAACAGAAGCUUAACCUUUCGCAGCAGCUGGAAGCCUGGCAGGAUGACAUGCAGAGGCUCAUCGACCAGCAGCUGAUGGACAGACAUCCUAAGGAAUGGAGCCAGAUAAUGACGUGCAACUUCACCAGCAGCAGCAGCCACGGAGCCAAGCGUCGCGCCCGGCCUUCGCCUCUGCUGAGGUUCCAGCAGCAGGGCUCCGAGCCGGUUGGGGCCGAAGGGAACCGCCUGUUUUCUUUUUUCAAGAAAAAUUAA